CUGUUUAUGCAUGACAUCGAAUCAGCGUGGUCACUUCUUGAUCAUGCGGAAAGUGAACGGCAAUCGGCACUGACUGCAGAACUGAUCAGACAGGAACGUUUGGAGCAUAUGGCACGUAAGUUCGAGCGUAAAGCAGUGCUGCGUGAAUCGUGGCUUCGUGAGAUGGGCUCAGUGCUGGAAGAUUUCGAUUUUGGCCGAAGUGCGGCACAGGUUGAAGCUGCAGUCAAGAAACAGCAAGCAAUUGCGACAGACAUUCUUCCACGGAAUCCGUUGUGA